AUGGAGCAGCUGGGCGUGAUGAUGUACGAUCGCGCUGGUCGGCAGUUCGGCAACCGCCCAGACCCCGGCUACCCGGUUAAGGAGGAGGACGCCAACAACGCCAAGGCGGGCAUGACGCUGAAGGUCGGGUCAAAGACCGUGUUGCUCAUCACGGCACUGAAGGAGGAGUCCUUCCGUAGCGGCGAGUUCUUCCUUCGCUCCGAGCAUCAACUUCGAAAGAAGGAGGAAAGGUUAAAGGAAAGGGCAGAUGCCGCGGCAGCCGCCGGCUUACACGCUGUAAAGCCGCGGAUGUCUUUUGGCCAGCGGCUUUCGGGGUGCAUGUUUGCGCAGCCCGUGUUUCGCAAGCGGCCGCGGGACGGGCAAACUGGGUUCACCGUUCCCGUGGCCGGGCGUCCAAAGACGGGGCCAGGCGGCGUCAAGGCGGAACUGCGGCCACUGCACGAUCCGGACCGCGAGGCCGCCGUGACGCUCUUUCGCGCAGACUACAAGCGCGACGCCAAUGGCCGUCCGCAGGUGUCCGUCGUGGUGGAUCCCGUCAUUGGGGACAGGCUGCGGCCGCACCAGAGGGCGGGGGUGCGAUUUCUCUUUGACUGCAUCACAGGGGAGCGGAUGCCAGGCUACCACGGCGCCAUCCUCGCGGAUGAGAUGGGGCUUGGCAAAACCAUUCAAACCGUCGCCACCAUUUACACCUGCCUUCGCCAGGGGAAGUAUGGCGUGCCCACCGCGCGCAAGUGCCUCGUUGUCACCCCCUCCUCUCUCGUGAAGAACUGGUGCAAUGAGUUCGACAAGUGGCUGGGCGUCGGGGCGGUGAAGUACUUUUCCAUCUCCGAGUCGACGCCAAAGGGGGACCGCAUCAUCUCCCGCUUCGACGGCGAAGGGGAUGUCUUGGUGAUAUCCUACGAUCAGCUGCGCAAGUACAUCGCCCGCAUCUCCACGCUCAGGUCGGUGGAGCUGGUGGUGUGCGACGAGGGCCACCGGCUGAAGAACGCCGAGGUGAAGACGACAAAGGCGGUGGACAUGCUGCCAACCCGCAACCGCGUCAUCCUCAGCGGCACCCCGAUCCAAAACGACCUGUCGGAGUUUCACGCCAUGGUGGGGUUUGUGAACCCCGGCAUAUUGGGCAGCCGCGACGUGUUUGCGCGGGUGUUUGAGGAGCCCGUGAUGCGGGGCCGGGACCCCGACUGCCCGGAGCACCUUCGCCUGCUCGGGGCGGACCGCGCCCACUACCUGUCGAACCUGACGCAGCGCUUCAUUCUCCGCCGCACGCAGUCGAUUAAUGAGUCGUACCUGCCGCCAAAGGUGGACGUCACCGUGUUUGUGCGGCUGGGCGAGUUGCAGCGCGCCGCCUAUGAGUCUUUGUCGGCGCUUGUCGAGGAAUCCUCGUGCCCGCCGCUUGUGCUCAUCUCGGCGCUGCGCAAGCUGUGCAACCACAUGGACCUCUUUCACGAGGCGGUGCUGCACUCCAACAAGGAGAAGGAGAAGGGGGCGUCUGGGAUCCCCAGGUCCGUGCUUCCGAAAGGGUAUAAGCCGGGGACCCUGUCCGAGGCCGCUGGGAGCAAAAUGCACUUUGUCUCCCUCAUGCUGGACGAGUUACGCUCCAACGGGGAGCGGGACAAACUCGUCAUCGUCUCGAACUUCACGCAGACGCUAGACGUCAUCGCCAACAUGUGCCGCAGCAAGCGCAUCAGCUUUUUCCAGCUUGACGGCAGCAUGCCUGUAAAGCGUCGGCAGGAUGUGGUGGACCGCUUCAAUGUCCCCGGCUCGCAGGAGGUCGUCUUCUUGCUCUCCUCCAAGGCCGGCGGCGUCGGGCUGAACCUCAUCGGCGCCAACCGACUGAUUUUGUUCGACCCCGACUGGAACCCCGCGAACGACGCCCAGGCGAUGGGGCGUGUGUGGCGUGACGGGCAGAAGAAACGGGUCUUCAUCUACCGCCUGCUGAGCACCGGAUCCAUCGAGGAAAAGAUAUACCAGCGCCAGGUGAGCAAGCAGGGGCUCUCGGCCAACGUGGUGGAUAUGCAGAGUGACUCCAAGCAGCACUUUACGCUGGAGGAACUGCGGUCGCUUUUCUGCUACCGCGGCGACACCGCGUCGGACACGCACGACCUCCUGCACUGCACGAACUGCGAGGCGGCGGCAGAGAUGUUGGCGUCGUCCGCCGCGGGUGCGAGGAAGGAGAGGGCGCCGAUGAAGUUCCGUCGCGUGGGGGGAAAGAAGAGCGGGCCCCGCAUGGAUGAGCUGAAGGGGUGGCGCCACUUUUUCCGCUGUGGGGAGUUUCCGCUGGACAAGGUGGUGCGGGCGAUAUCUGGCCAGGCGCCGCGGCUGUGCAGCUUCAUCUUUGCCGAUGAGCGGGACAGCACGGCGAGCGCCGCCGCCGCCGCCGCCGCUGGCGGGGUUGGGAAGGGCGCGGCCAAGGAGGCUAAAGUGCGGGUGGAGCGGCCCUUUGUGCGGGACGAGGAAGCGAUUAUUUGCCCCAGUCAGGCAGAGCAGCUCUCGGAGGAGUCCGAGCUUGAAAUUGAGUUGCACGACGAUGAGGAGGAAGAAGCAGGACCUGAGGAAGUGGAGGAAGAGGAGGAAGAGGAGGGGUAA